CAUCCCUUCCCCUUCGCUCCUCCCCGCGCACGGAGCGCGGCCCCCGGUGCCCCGUCGAGCCGAGCGGAGCCGAGCGGAGCGGAACGGAGCAUGGAGGGCCUCUCCCGGGGGGGGCACCGCUGCCCGCCCCUGCCCCUGGCGAUGGGGUUGUGCUGCUGCCUGCUGCUGCCGCCCGCUGCCGGCUCCUGGAGCGUGCAGCCCCGCAGCAAUUGGUGCUCCUACAUGGUGACGAGGACGGUGACGUGCCUGGUGCAGAAUGGCACCUCCCUGCAGCGUGUUUUCCAGGGCUGCCGCUGGCCGCCGGGCUGCGGUGGAGGCAGCUAUCGCACCGUCAUCCGGCCCGCGUAUCGGGUGGCCUACAGGACGCUGACGGCGCUGGAGUGGAAGUGCUGCCCUGGGCACAGUGGGGCCAACUGUGAGGAAGAGCCCCACACCUUCCUGGCUCUGCGUGAUGCUGCACGCCCCAGCACCGCCCCACGUCGCUCUCCCCUGCGCCCCACGGCUUUCUCAGGGUGCCUGAACUGCAGCCACGUCGGGGAGCUGUCAGCACGCCUGGCCACCCUCGAGGCACAGGUGGCCCGGCUCUCAGUGGCAGAAGCCCCCACGUCCCCAACGCCCAAAGGUGACAGCUUGAGUAGGGGUCCUGACACCGGGCAGCUCUGGGGGUCCCCGGCCGCACAGGGGAGCCCAGGGGACAAAGGCAGACCUGGUUCGCGGAGACCCCCCAGCCCCUCUGGUCCCAAGGGUGAUGCAGGUGGACGGGGACCCUCAGGCAUUCCCGGGGCAAAGGGUCCAUCAGGACCUCCAGGUCCCCCCGGUCCCCCCGGUCCCCCUGGCCAAGAUGGAGCCAGAGAGUGGGGAGAGCCGCGGAGCGCGGCCGUUCUGGUGCCGGUCCUUCGUGGGGUCACGGCGUGGGACGUGGGGCUGGGAUGUGGAGUGGGGCUGUGA